AUGGACAAAUAUAUCGUCUACAGCAAGGACUUGACCAAAGCCGACACCCUCAUCCUGAAGAACCUCCAGGCCGAUAUCCUUGAUGUCACCGCCAGAGCUCAGUCAGACGGUGGCGUGACCAAUGAUAACCCUGACAAUGCAGCCGUCAGCGAGGAGGAGGCUGUCCGCGAUGAGGCGGCGCUCCAGACGAUGAUGUCUCUGAACGACCCGAAGCAUCCCAACUUCGAGCCCGCCGUGUUCAACGGAUGGGACCUGAGCAGUCUCGGGAAGCUCGAGCCUGCGCUGGACCGCCUCCUCAAGUCCUACGUCCGCCUGGGCAAGUCUGUUGUACGCGUCGAGACAGAUGUGGUCUUCCUCACCCACCUCAUCCUCUACUUCACCACCUCCGUCCCCUCCGCCCUGCUUCUCUUCCACCACUUCACGUGGUUCCACGGCAUCCUGCACCUCGUCAUGCAGGUCUCGUACACGGGGACCUACACGCUCAUGAUGCACCAGCACAUCCACGGCCGCGGCGUGCUGAAGCGGCAGUACGCCUGGUUCGACCUGACCUUUCCCUACCUCCUGGACCCGCUGAUGGGCCACACGUGGAACAGCUACUUUUACCACCACGUCAAGCACCACCACGUGGAGGGCAACGGGCCCGAGGACCUCAGCUCCACCCUCCGCUACCAGCGAGACAACGUCUGGCAUUUUUUGCAGUACGUGGGGCGCUUCUACCUGUUCAUCUGCUUCGAGCUCGCGGCCUACUUUGUGCGCAAGAACAGGCUGGCCUUUGCGGCGAAGCAGACCUUCUGGGAGCUGAGCUCCUAUGCGUUCCAGUACGCCAUGUUCAGGCUGAACCCCAGGGCGUCAGUCUUUGUGUUCCUGCUGCCGCUCGCCAUCAUGCGGUUUGGGUUGAUGGUGGGCAACUGGGGACAGCACGCGCUGGUGGACCGCGAUGAGCCGGAUAGUGAUUACCGGUCGAGCAUCACCCUUAUUGAUGUCCCUAGCAACCGCCACUGCUUCAACGACGGAUACCAUACUUCGCACCAUCUCAACCCUCUGCGACACUGGCGUGAGCACCCGGUGGCGUUUCUGAAGGCCAAGCACACGUAUGCCUCGAACGAGGCCUUGGUCUUCCACGACAUCGACUACCUUAUGAUGACGGUGAAGCUCCUCACCAAGGACUAUGCACACCUCGCCAGAUGCAUGGUCCCUAUUGGAGAGAGACAGAUUCGCAUGACCAUGGACGAGCGCAUUGCCAUGUUGAAGAGGCACACGAUACCGUUUACUGAGGAGGAAAUUGCGGCCAAGUAUGCGAAAAAGGAGGAGUAA